UCACGCCACUUCAUAAGUAACAGCACUAUGGCAUUUGUAAGGAGCUCGUUUGUAACAGGAAAGCUGGGGUCAGCAUUGCUUCGGAGAGCUGGGAAACGCGGUGUUCCAGUGCUGCCAUAUGGUGCCGUGUGCCAGCGGAGUGUCAGUUCAACCAGCGUCCUUUGUCAGCAGAAAAAUGUGAAGACCACACAAGAACAGCAAGUUGAGGAGCAGAAGAAUCGGAACAAGGAUGUUGGAGAACUUACUGAACUUGUAAGGGACUUUCUGGAUCCUGCUCAAUUCUAUAAUGCUUUGAAUGGAAUCGGCAUUGACUACUUCUGUGGGGUACCUGACUCUCUGCUCAAAG